GCAGAUAAGCGAGAGCCGGCGGAGGGUUAGGAUCUUGAUAGAAGCAGCAGGAGCGGCGGAAGUGCACAGGGCAAGGUGCAAGGAUGGCCAGGGCAGUUCUUGGUGCAGUGGCCUGCACACUGUUUAUGGCUGCAAGUGCCAUGUACUCACCCAGUGACGAUGUGAUCGAGUUGACACCCAGCAACUUUAAUAAAGAAGUUAUCCAGAGUGACAGUUUAUGGCUUGUGGAGUUUUAUGCCCCCUGGUGUGGACACUGCCAGAGGCUGACCCCAGACUGGAAGAAAGCCGCCACGGCAUUAAAGGGAGUGGUGAAAAUUGGAGCUGUUAAUGCUGAUCAGCAUCAGUCACUGGGUGGGCAGUAUGGAGUGCGAGGCUUUCCAACAAUCAAAGUAUUUGGAGCGAAUAAGAACAAACCAGAUGAUUAUCAAGGUGGAAGGACAGCCGAUGCCAUUAUCGAUGCCGCAUUAAGCUCACUUCGUUCAUUUGUUAAGGACAGGCUUGGAGGAAGGAGCGGUGGAUCUGAUUCAGGAAGGCAGAGCUAUAGCAGCGGUGGUGGGAGUAAAAAAGACGUUAUUGAUCUGACGGACGACACAUUUGAUAAGAAUGUACUGAAUAGCGAUGAUGUGUGGUUUGUUGAAUUUUAUGCUCCCUGGUGUGGCCAUUGCAAAAAUCUAGAGCCUGAAUGGGCCGCUGCUGCCACAGAGAUUAAGCAACAAACCAAUGGAAAAGUAAAGUUGGCUGCUGUAGAUGCCACUGUCAGCCAGGUGUUGGCCAGUCGUUAUGGGAUAAGAGGCUUCCCCACAAUUAAGAUAUUCCAAAAAGGCGAAGAUCCUGUGGAUUAUGAUGGUGGAAGGACUAAGGCAGACAUUGUUGCCCGUGCAAUUGAUCUGUUCUCAGAGAAUGCUCCACCCCCUGAGAUUUAUGAGAUCCUGAAUGGAGAUAUAGUGAAGAAGACCUGCGAUGAGCAUCAGUUGUGUAUUGUUGCCGUAUUGCCACAUAUCCUUGACACAGGUGCUUCUGGAAGAAAUUCUUACUUGGACGUAAUGAUGAAAAUGGCAGACAAGUACAAAAAGAAAAUGUGGGGGUGGCUGUGGGCUGAGGCUGGUGCUCAGAUGGAUCUGGAAACCUCACUGGGAAUUGGAGGCUUUGGGUACCCUGCCAUGGCUGCCAUCAAUGCAAGAAAAAUGAAAUUCGCACUUCUGAAAGGUUCCUUCAGCGAGCAGGGCAUUAAUGAAUUCUUAAGGGAGCUCUCUUUUGGUCGUGGUUCUACAUCACCUGUGGGUGGAGGAGCAAUUCCUAAAAUCAAUACAGUGGUACCUUGGGAUGGAAAAGAUGGAGAGCUGCCAGCAGAGGAUGAUAUUGAUCUGAGUGAUGUGGAGCUGGACGACUUUGAGAAAGAUGAAUUGUGAGGAUUCUGCACCCUGUGUGAUAUUGUUACAUCCCUCUGUUUGGGGGAGUUUGCAGCUGGCGGACACCAGCCCAUCCCUGGCAAUCGGCUGGAUUCAGUGGUUCCCCCUCCCCAACCCUCCUGAUUUUUCUUUUGUUUUAAAACAAAUUAAUGAAUGUGCACUCAUGGAGAGAAGGGUUUUAUCUAGACCUAUGGAGAGGCCUUCUCGGGAGAACACUGACAAAUUCUGUGAAUUUCACUGUAUUCUCUUUACAUAUUGAAGGGGGAAAUGCCAUAAACCUUUUGGGGGGGCGGAUUUGGGGGUGCUGAAGAAUAAGCCGGAGAGUUUACUGUACUUCCUUGUGGUUAAUGGGAAGUACAUCUUGGCUGACACGACAGUUUGUUUGUUUGUGUAUUUUUAUGUUUUGGGUAUUUUCAUUUGCAAAUUGAUCAGCUUGACUCAAUUUAUGAAUAAAAUAUUUUUUGACAUAU